AUGAAUAACUACGAUGUUUUAUUAAUAUCUUCUAGCCUGGAGAUAAUGAAAGCACCGGUCUCAACGCACUGUGCUCAUGUCUUCUGCAGUUUCUGCAUAUUGAAGCUUCUUGGACAAAAGAAAGGUAUCACAAAAUGUCCACUCUGCAAUGGCAACAUCUCCAAAAGCACUCUGCAGGAAGAUGUCCGAUUCAAGCUGGUAAUCAAAGCGGUGCUGGAAGCUGCUGGUGCUUUGGAAUGUGAUACAGGAUUAAAUUGUGAUCAGUAUCUCCAAAAGAAAACUGCAGUUCUGCAGGAAAGACAGAUGGUCAUUGAAAGUAAAGGCUACCGGGACAGACUGAAUGGAGUGAAGAAAGGAGAAAAGAGAAAGAGUGCCUUGCAGAGCAAAAGCUCCCAUUUGCCAAUUCCCAACAGGCGUUCCCUGAUAAAGAAAAGCACCUCCAAUAAAACCGUCUACUUUGAAGCAGGUUUCCUGAAUCCAGAACCUCCCCCCCCUUCCCAGUAA